AUGCUGAAGGGCAACAUCGUGGAGAAGUCCCUGCAGCAACGAAUCUACAGCGCCGUGGCAGCGGUAUUGAAGGCAGCGCGGCAAUGCAAGCGGCGGCAGAUGUCAACGAAGGACCGCAUCAAGAAGAUAGAGCAUCUCGUGCAGGUAGGUGUAUGCCAAGUUUUGGAAAACUUGCCUACACCCCUGCACGCGAUGAUUUCCGCCCAGAUGCGCAACGUGGGAAAACCCAUCUAUGGACAACGCUUCACGGAAGAGGAAAAGGUAUUAGCUUUAAGUAUUUAUAAGCAAAGCCCAAAAGCGUUCCGAUAUUUGUCAAAAUUAUUUCUUUUGCCAAGUAUCGAAACGCUUCGGAAAUUAUUGUCGCACAUUCCACUAAGAGCUGGAAUCUGCGACAACGUAUUCCGUGAACUCGAAGAACGGUCCGAGUUCUUCCCAAAUGAGAAAAGCAGUUACGCUAUUCUGCUUUUCGACGAAAUUAAGUUAUCGCCGUCACUGGUCUACAGUCCUUCAAUGGACAUAGUUGAAGGAUUUGUAGACUCCGGUUUUUCGCGUUCUUUAGAUAUCGCGGAUCAUGCCAUAGUGUGGAUGUUCAAAGGCAUAGACGGAGUGCGACCUUGGAAGCAACCUGUCGCUUAUAGUUUUUGUAGGGGUACUUCUUUCGCGGAGAUCAUCGUUAGGAUGUUUAAAGAAUUAGUUCGCCGUGCUUGUCAGGCCGACAUUGUAGUUGUAGCCUCAGCUUGUGACCAAGGCAGCACGAAUUGUAAGGCAAUACAAUGUCUAAUAGAUUAUUCGAAGAAAAAUGCCUUUCAGCAGUCGAAUCCAUUACGGCAUGAUAUAAUUGUAAUUGAUGAAAAUGAAAUCGUACCGCUCUUCGAUCCUCCGCACCUAUUAAAGUGCAUGCGGAACAAUCUUUUGACUAAAGAUUUGCAAUUCAAUUUAGCAGAUAAUCUUCCACGUGUGGCUAAAUAGUCACACGUGGAAGAUUUAUAUUUUAUUAAUAGCAGUAAUGCUUCUUCUCAGGACCGAGUUCUGAAGAAGCUUACUGCAAAGCAUGUAGUAGUUGAUAAAAUUAGGAAAAUGAAGGUGAAGUAUUGCGCGCAGGUUUUUAGUCAAUCGGUUGGGUCCGUACUGCAAAAACCCCAAUAUCUGGGAUGUAGGCAUUAAUGUUUUUCGAAGCAUGAAAUUUAUCAGAAGAAAGUUUGCGGAUAAAGAGCGUCCACUGGUAGUACACAAAAUUUUAAAUUUUUGACAACACUUCUAGGCAAUCUUGGAUUUUCACAUUUUAUUGGUCGCAAUUUUAACCAAGAUGCCUUAUGCUGCAAUGGAAAAGCGACCGUCACCACAGAACCUGUGGAGGAAUGCGUUGUCAGGACCGUUCGAACAAUGUAGUACACCCCCACAAGUGAGACCGAGGUGGAAACGAACACCGAAACCGAUUGGGUCAUCCCACCGAUGCCGGAGCCAGAAGCCCAGGAUCCAUACGAUCUGGAUCAGUUUAUUAACCUGGGAACGACAUCCGACCAGCAAAUCCAGAUACCAACGCUUAACAUGCAAGAUACAUUGGGUCUGCUUAAAAUCACGGAGGCAAUGAUUGAUGCCAUGGAAGACGAAGACCGGUUUUCCACAAACGAAAGGUCAGGGCCGCCCUUGCCGACCCUUGGCAUGAGGCCAAACUCAUCCGUCCCAGGGACCGAGCCGUUCCAUUUCCGGGUUGGGAACCCAGAACAUCGUCACCACUCCCUACCGAGGUCAUCGCUAGGAUUGCCCGCUACCUUCCGUUCGCAGACCGCGCGCGCAUGGAAUGCGUGAAUCGGGCGUGGAGACAGGGAUCCUUGGCCUCUUAUGCCGGCAACAGCAGGUUGGA